AUGCGUGACAAAUGUGAUUGGCGUGAUUUGGUGUAUAUUGUGGUAAGAAGUGUGCAACGACGUAAAGUCAAUACGGAACUGGAAAUCGUUAACGUUAAUGAAAUGGGUACUCGACAUAUCAUGCCGCUCUGUCGUUUGAUUUACGGAUCGUGCCGUGAAAAACUUCGGCAAGAUUCAUCUUUGAUAUAUGUUAAACGAAAAAGCGACAAUUUAUAUGAACCUUUGUUUGUCUUAAGAACAGAGAACAAUAAAUUGCUGGAUUAUGAAUCUAAACAAGGAAUAAUGCUCUUAUUCGAUGAUACUAUUGGGUCGCACAUAUCUAUACCUGAUAGAAUACUCCAACUCGUAUUCAGUUAUCUUUCAGUUCAUGAACUAAAUCAUGUCAGUCUUACAUGUCACGCUCUUAAGAAUGCAGUUUGCAAGUAUACGUUGACCGAUGCGCCAAAAAGAUUUGCUUGUGAUGUAGCAAAAGAUGAAGGCAUAUUGGGCAAGACACUAAGCAACAGCUAUGCCUGGGGAAAUUUGUUGAAGAUGUGUACAGUUUUUUGGCCUGCGCGAAGAAGACGAACCUUUAUGAAUCACUUUUAUUUGAAGUUCUGUGCGAACUGGGAUCGUCAAGCAUGCAGCGAAUUUUUAGAUUCCAUUAUACGUUUCACCGAUUCAGCGCGAUUACUUAUUGCUGUAAUGUCUGGUAAAGUUGGCAAACACCAUCAACUUGAAAUGGAGGUACGACGGCGCUUCCAUGGUUUCUUUAUUGAUCAGCUAGCACAGUCGGAAUCAGAGCAGGGAUUUUGGCUUUCUGCGCUUCUGCGCACUCAGAAAAGUAUCGCAGAACAAGGGCGAUUGUUCAUGCUCUUAUUCGGACCUGUAAAAUAUUUUCGUGGCGAGGAACGAAUUGAUUGGUAUUUGAUGUCGGAGACAAUUUUCACCAGAAAUCAGUGCGCCCAAAUUAUCAAACCACUGUCAUCAAAUCUGUAUUGUCUUUCGAAAACAACCGAGCUGAAGUCGAAGUUUUCGUGGAGCGAUUCUGAAAUUUUCACUUUGAUAGAAGAAAUAACAAGUGCACCACAAGUCUGGCUCUUUCACAAUUUCGCAAGCUUGCUCUUACUGCAACCAAAAUUAAUUCGAACCGCUCUAUAUUACAGAAUAUUUUAUGGGCAGUGUAAAGAAGCUGCGCAUAUGUUGCAUGCCAUGAAAACGGUAUAUUAUCGAUGGGGAUGUGGGAUUGUGGAAAGUUUGUUGGCACCUCUGCUAGAAACAUUCAAGUCCUUGAGUAAUGCGCAACGCCGACAUUUCCUUGCUGAAAUAAUUUUAACACAGUCGCACUUACUUGACGGAUAUCUUCGACGCUUUCCAUUUGACCGAAUGCAGUUUCUUGAUGAACUGACGGCAAGCAGUGCUAUUUUACCUCUUCUUUCGAUACUUGCCGGUGAUAUUUGA